AUGGCGGGCCGCAGAACCGGAGGGACCACUCCGGACGGCUCGCAGGCAGGAGACACAAAUAGCAGCGAGCAGAUCGACAGCAUGCGGUCUGAGAUCAGUUCGCUGACACAGCAAAUGGGCCAGCUGGUGCAGCUGGUCGGAGGACUUGCUGCACGCAUAGAUAAGUCCGGCGGUGCCACGGAGGGCGCCGCUGAAAGCGGCGGCGCCGUGGAGAGCGUCGCCACAAGCGCUGCAGGUCAUUUUGGGACCGUGCAGUACGACGGGAGCGCGCAGGCAGCGGACCUGCGAAGAGAGUCUGGUCCUUCGGGACGACACAGCGGCGAAGUAGGGGGUUCAGACCCCCAAGAGGUGAGAGUAGCCGCUGCUCACAAUCAAGCUUGUUUCAGCAGCGCCAUGGGAAGUGGUGCUGCUGUCUUCGGUAGUGCGAGCGUGGGAUACCAAAGCGUGAAGUACACAGCGCCCACGUUCAGCGGAGACGCCAAGAGCUUUUCUUCGUGGCUAGAGGAUUUUUUUAUGGCAGCGAACACAGCAAACCUUCUUGAGCUUUUCGAGGAGGGGGGGGCGGAGAUCCCCGUAAACAGUGGGCAGAGCAAAGUCCAACUGUCCAGGUUUUACCCGCACGACAAAGUAGAGCUCGCUUUCCACGCGUGGAAUUUCCUCCGUGGAGCUCUCAAGGACGAAAAAGACAGGACAAUAAUGAAGCGAGCUGAGUCGCCCCUGGGGGCGCUCCGUGAGCUGAAGGGGUUGUACGACCCAGAAUCGUCCAUGCAGCCUGCGGAUGAGUUAAAAUCCCUGACAUCCAAGAAGAUCCCGAUGGCAGAGAAUCCGCAACAUGCUCUCAACAGUAUGCUCGCCACCGCAGAGUCCCUUUCGAAACGGGGGCUUGAUGUUAACGAAACCUUCGUUUUGCACCUCUUCUUGGAUGCCCUCUCCAACGAGUACGCCAUGACCAAGCACGCCCUCAGACACAAGGAGAGGUUGACAAGGAGUGACGUCCUGAAGGAGGUCACCAUCGAAUAUCGAUCGAUCAUGGAGAAGGUGAAGGCGGGGAAAGGCAAGGGCGCGCGCGGCGCCGAGCAGGCGUACCUCGCCGAUGGAGGCGGCCGCCGUGGGCGGUCGUCGUGGCGUGGGGGCGGCCGCCGAGGGCGGUCGUCCUGGCGUGGUCGUGGCGGUGGCCGCAGCGGCGGCCGCGGGGGCGGCGACAGCAGCGGAAAAGGCGGUGGCGGCGUCGAGGAGAGCAAGGGGAGUGGCUCUGGUGGGGCAGAUGGCGGCGGUACCGGGGACAAGAAGUUCCCGGGCCGGUGCUUCACGUGUGGCCGUUUCGGACACACGCAGCAGGACUGCACCACCAAGGAGAGCGACUACCUCCCGCAGUGCUCACACUGCGCAGGAUGGGGUCACAGCAAGGACAAGUGCGCGACGGAGGAGGCCGUCCUGGCGCAGAUCGUCCAUGCCGACAGCGACGCCGACUCCGUCGACAACCAGGCCUUCUGCGCGGCGCCGGGCCUGCCAGGCGAGUGUGGUGCUGUUGACCUAGGUCUAGUGGGGGUAACGGAACUAGGCCAGGAUGUCAUGGUGUACGUGGCUGAUACAGCAGCCACGUGCUCCAUGUUCCGAUGCGCAAACGCGUUCGUGAACUACCGCGAGUGUAGUGGUUGGGUCAAGGCGAUCGGAGGCAACAAGGCCCCCGUUCCUCUCCUAGGGUACGGAGACGUGACCGUAGUCUUUCUGACCGAAGGCGGUAGGGUACCAGUGCUAAUCCUGAACGCCGCUCAUGUGCCCGAGUCCCCCCACAACCUUCUCUCACUGUCGGCGUUGGCCGAGGAAGGCCACACGUAUUCCGGCCAGAAGGGGGGGCUGACUCUCACUACGAGAGCCGGGGGGAAGGUGUGGUUCCCCCGGACGGGUAAGCUGCUAACUCAAGAAGGCUAUCAAAUCGAGCCGAAGGUAGACAUCGCCUGUGCCGCAACAAUUGUUCCUGGCGAUGCGAAAGCAGCCACCCCCACUGACCUCAACUACUACCACAAUUCGCACGGCCACACGCACGAGGAACUGCUCCAGAAAACGGCGAAACAGCAAGGAGUGCAGCUGACGGGAGGACCGCUGCUACCAUGCCUCGGCUGUUCGAUGUCCAAGGGGCAGCUGCUGCCUCUCGCAGACGACGAGGAGGGCGGGGAGGACGAGAGCAAGCAGAGCACGUCCCGUCAAGGUGCGGGGGGGGGGAAAAACUCGGAGAGUGAGUCUGAUUCCGACCUCGACGUGACGGAGGCUGGGCGAGCGACGCUGCCGGUGCAAGAGAAGGCGCCGGCGGCACCCGGCAACGGGACCGGGGACGCUGGUUCGGGCGUCCCCCUGUCGCCUCCUUCGGGAGGAGGCGACUUCGAUGGAAGCAGCAGCGGCAGCAGCAGUAGCAGCGACCGCAGCAGCAGCAGCAGCAGCAGCAGCAGCAGCAGCAGCAGCAGCAGCAGCAACAGCGACAGCAGCAGCAGCAACGCCGCCGGCGACGACGACGGCGGCGGCGCCAGCGGCAGUGAGCCCGGCGCCUCUGGAGAUGGCGGUGGCGGCGGCAGCGAACCCGGCGAAGACUCCGAGCAACUCGAGGAGUACAAGUUUGAUCCCGCCGACAGCCGCUACCCGCCGGGCCGCGAAGGGCGUCGGCUCCUCUGGGGCGCCUCGAAGGAAGGACCGCUGCGCCACGGGCUCGAGCGCGGCCGCACACGAAGGGAGACCCGGGAGCUGCAAGGCCCCGAGGAGCCGCCGGGUCCAGACGCCGAGCCAGACGCCGAGCAAGCGCUGCUGGCGGAGAUCAUCGUGGACUACGUUUCCAACUCGCUGGUGCGGGAGCGGUACGACGAGGAGCAGGUCAACAUCGAGUACCGGCGUGAGAUGCAUGAGCUGCCGUACGGCACCGAGCUGCAGGAGGAGGCGUUCGGUGCAGAGGCAGGGGACGACGGGUCAUCGCAACCUCUUCAUGACCCGCAGCUAAGUAUCCCCUCGCCCUUCGGCCAGAAGCCAAGUGAUGUAGAGUGCGUGCCCUUGACGUACAAGGAUGUCCUUAACUCCAAGUACAAGGUGCUGUGGGAAGCAGCCAUAGCAAAGGAGUUCGACGGCCACAAGAAGACGGGGACGUUCUCCGAGAUUAGCGGUCUGCCCGAGGGGCGUAAGGCCAUCAGUGCGAAGUGGAUUUUCUCGCACAAGACCAAUGAGAAGGGGCUGAUUGUCGACUUCAAAGCACGUAUGGUUGCGCGUGGUUUUUCUCAGAUUCCCGGUGUGGAUUUUCACCACUCAUCAUCCGCAUGCCCUUCCGCGGUGUCCAUCAAAACUAUGGUGGCCGUAUCCACCGAGAAUGGUAGGAGGCCUGUCCACUGGGACAUCAAGCAGGCGUACACACACGCCAAGCUGAAGGAAGAAAUCUACCUGAGGCUUCCAGACGGUUGUGGUGUUUGGACUGGCAAGGCGGUGAAAGUCGAGCGUGCUCUGUAUGGACUCAAGCAGAGUGGGCGCGAGUGGGGGUUUGAGGCUGCCGAUGCCCUGAUCUCAAACGGCUACGAGCAGUGCAGGGUGGACCCCUGCAUUUUCCGCAAGGUGGUUGACGGAGAAGUCGUAGGUCUCAUCGUGAUCUACGUGGAUGACAUCAUGUUGUCCGCGACCGAGGAGGAGCGUGAAGAGUUGCUAGCGUCUCUCCAGAAGAGAUUCCCUGUGAAGGAUCUAGGAGAUUGUACCUGGUACGAUGGGUGUGCCAUUGAGGUGGACCUUGAGAAUGGUACCACCAAGCUGUCCCAGACGGCUUAUAUCGAGAGCAUGCUCAACCGCUUCAAUGUCACGACCACUGCUCCCACGCCCGCUGUCGUCGACGAUGACCUAGGGCCGAAGAGAGACGACGAGUCCUCGGUGGACAAGCCCGUGAGGGAAGCGAUCGGAUGCCUGAUGUGGUUGCUGUUCACGAGGCCGGACAUCGCGCUGCCUUUGAACAAGCUGCAGAAGAUCGCCCACUCACCCACCGAGAGGAUGUGGAACGCGCUUGUGCGGAUCAUGUCCUACCUCAACGAGACGAAGGACCUCGGGAUCACCUACGUCCGCGGAUCAGGGCUAGACCUAGACGUGUUCGUCGAUUCUAGUUACGCCGACAGCACCGUUGACAGGCGUUCGACGACGGGGCUAGCCGUGACUGUAGGUGGGACCGUAGUGUGCGCAUCCACGAAGACACAGCCAGUGACGGCUCAGUCGACCACGGAGGCAGAGUAUAUUGCAGCCGGGGAGGGCGUGAAGGAAGCGUUGUUCGUGCGUGGUGUUCUGUCGUUCAUUGCGCCCGAGACGAGCGGUGCCACGAUCAGGGUCCGUGAGGACAACGAGGGGGCUCUCGCGUUGGUGCAGAACCCUUUCAGCUCGGCGAGGAGCAAGCAUAUCGACGUGCGGUUCCACUUCAUCCGCGAGCUCUUCAAGGCGGGCAAGAUCACCGCAGAUUAUGUCUCGACAGAAGAGCAGCACGCCGAUAUGCUGACCAAGGUCCUUGGUAGGGGCAAGUUGGAGUACCACCGGAAGGCUCUGAUGAACCUGCCGAUGUAGGGUUCUGGUCUCGUUUUCGUGGCGUUUGUUUUGUUUUGUUCUAGCACUGGGCGCGUCUCGGACCAUGGUAUGUCACGCAGGAAGCGUUGGGCAGGGGCGUCACCCGCGGCGGGAGCUUAGGGUUUUUGACCAAUUGCUUCGGGUGUGUAAUCAGCGUGGCCUGUCCAAUCUGUCCUGCCUUGGUCCUGCCCUGAUAGUGCGGCCGUUGGAAUCCUUCGUGAUAGCGACGGUUUCUUUUAUGUUUUGAGUUUGUAGGCGAGGGGUUUUGAUCCGGAUGGCCGAGUUUUUUCCCUUGCACCCGUUGUUAAAUGAGUGACUUAAGUAGAUCUGGAGUAUCCAUGCCCCACUGGUGGUUUGUCAAUAGCUUUACGAACCGGGGAGGGUGUUCGUGUGUCUGGAUACGAGCAUGGUAGAUCUGAUAGCAGCACGGGGGGGGGGUACGUAGACAGGAGCAUGCGCAUGCCUGAAAAGGCUACUAUGUGUGGGCCCCCUUCCCCGAAUUCGGGAGGGCCACUUCUUCCCUUCCUUUCCUCGCUCCUGCGGGUGCCUAAUCAGACAGAGUUAAAGCGUGUCUUCUCCUCCCAAGGACGGACAUACCAACAAGCACCGGCGGAAACGGCGACCGUAUCUUCCUCCUCUCCGCCUGGGCAAUCAGCGGCUGCGGCAGGGAGGGUGUCUUCAUCCGCACCCCCUGCUCCUCACGCCGGAGUCGUCGCGACAGCACCGGCGGCAAUGGCGACAGCAUCUACCUCACAAGCCCCUGGGCAGAUUGCGGCUGCUGCGGAGAGGGUGCCUGCACUCGCACCUCCUGCCCUCCAAGCCGGAAUAGCAGCGGCACCAGCAGGCGGCCGCUGAUGCUACCCCUCAAGUCCCGCCAGGAUCGGCGGCUGUGGCGCCGCCGAACCAGGCGGAACCUCCUGCCCCUGAAGCUGCGUCAUUUUCGGCGGCUGCGCCGCGGGCGCAAGAGGCAGCAGCCCCUACCCAUGGGGUCGGAGCAGCGGCGGCAAGCGGCGUGGUACAAGAAGUGGGCGUUACCGUUGCCGACGAAGGUGCAACGAACCAAAGGGCGAGGGGACAGAUUAGCUUGGUAUACAAGGGCAUGUUGUUUGAGGCCCUCCUGGAGAAGGUGAGGGAUUCGCACCGGCUUGGCCAUAGAGGGGCGUAAUUCACACGGAAGACGAGAGCGGUGGACUACAUCACCGAGUAAAAACCCCUGUUCGAGUCCGUCCGAAAGAAGUGACUGCAGCUGCCUCAGGAGGCGAGGAUGAAGUACAGGUGCGCCAACUACCUGGACACCCCUUCCCGACGGAGUCCACCGCUCGGUACUGGUUCAACGAAUGCAGAACGGCCUGCCACAAACAUAGGCAAACGCCGAACGUCGACGAUAAAGGCCGAUUCUGGACUGACUACUCCCCGGUUUUCGAAUAAAUCCUCAAGCUCAUGGAGUCCUCCUCCAACGACGGCAACGGCGAUGCGGCCAGAGAUGACGCUACCGACAGAGCACAGCAGGCUACAGCCGAGAGGAUGCAGUCAGGCAAGCCCAGCAGGAGGCGAGGGAAAAUGUUACAGCAAUCAUGGAGUCACUCCAAGACCAGGCGCAAAGCCUGGGGGAGCGCAACGUUGAGGAUGUGGA